UUCCCUUCUCUGAAGCUUUCUUCAUCUUAAUUAUCCAAAUUUCAUGCUCAUGGCUAAGGUAUACCCUCAACAAUCCCCUUCUUCUUCUACUGCUUCGGCUUCUCCUUCUCCUUAUGUGACUUCAACUAGAGAAACCUUCACACUAUGGAUGAAAUCUCUAGUUCUGCAUGGCAAUGGUUGCACGGUCUAUAAUUCAAGUGGUGAGAUUGUUUACCGUAUUGACAACUACCAUGAAAAGUGCAGUGAUGAAGUUUAUCUCAUGGACCUUGGAGGCAAUGUCCUCUUUACUAUACGUCGAAAGAAACUGAGACUAUUUGGGUGUUGGGAAGGCUACAGAUGCAAUACUUCCAGAUCAAGUAAAGAGAAACCAUGGUUUAAAGUUAGUAAAAUUCGUGAGAUUCUAAAGGGAAAGUCAUCCUAUAAAGUUACAGUAGAGUGUGAUCAACCUCAACCAAGGUGCUACAGGAUUGAAAGAUUAGUUUCAGGCAAGUCAGAGUACAGGAUAGUACUAGAUGACUCAGGGGAGCUUGUUGCAGAGGUAAAGCAGAAGCAAUCAACAUCAGGAGUUUCACUGGGAAAUGAUGUAUUAACCAUGGUGGUGGAACCUCAAGUUGAUCACUCCCUGAUCAUGGGUAUUGUUACUGUGUAUGGCCUAAUCAGUAACAAAAUGUGAUUUUUUAAUGAAGAUAAGAACUUGGAGAGUUCUGUAGAAAGCCGCAGAUCUCGAUGAAGGGGCUUCUAAACUGACCUACUUGGGAUCCUAUGUACAUGUUUUGGCAAGUGAAGUUGUUCUUUACUCUUCUUUUCUUGUAAUUUUUAAUAGGAGAAAAUGCUUAGCCCUGAGUGCUUCCAUGCUUUAAAGGAAGCAAAACUCAUGUGGCCAGAGCAAGCUCGGACAUGUAAACUUUACUGAUGUCUAAUCCUUCUGGGGGAAGGUGGGGCUAUAUAUUAAUGUUAAAAGGUCUCGUUUGAGGUCCAUGAAACCUUAAGCUGUAUUACCAAAAUGAAAUAGAA